AUGUCAUCACCAUUGCCCAUGUCCCCUCUCCCCACGGCCUCCCCUCUCCCCACGGCCUCCCCUCUCCCCACGGCCUCCCCUCUCCCCACGGCCUCCCCUCUCCCCACGGCCUCCCCUCUCCCCACGGCCUCCCCUCUCCCCACGGCCUCCCCUCUCCCCACGGCCUCCCCUCUCCCCACGGCCUCCCCUCUCCCCACGGCCUCCCCUCUCCCCACGGCCUCCCCUCUCCCACGGCCUCCCCUCUCCCCACGGCCUCCCCUCUCCCCACGGCCUCCCCUCUCCCCACGGCCUCCCCUCUCCCCACGGCCUCCCCUCUCCCCACGGCCUCCCCUCUCCCCACGGCCUCCCCUCUCCCCACGGCCUCCCCUCUCCCCACGGCCUCCCCUCUCCCCACGGCCUCCCCUCUCCCCACGGCCUCCCCUCUCCCCACGGCCUCCCCUCUCCCCACGGCCUCCCCUCUCCCCACGGCCUCCCCUCUCCCCACAGGCCUCCCCUCUCCCACGGCCUCCCCUCUCCCCACGGCCUCCCUCUCCCCACGGCCUCCCCUCUCCCCACGGCCUCCCCUCUCCCCACGGCCUCCCCUCUCCCCACGGCCUCCCCUCUCCCCACGGCCUCCCCUCUCCCCACGGCCUCCCCUCUCCCCACGGCCUCCCCUCUCCCCACGGCCUCCCUCCCACGCUCCCUCUCCCACGGCCUCCCCUCUCCCCACGGCCUCCCCUCUCCCCACGGCCUCCCCUCUCCCCACGGCCUCCCCUCUCCCCACGGCCUCCCCUCUCCCCACGGCCUCCCCUCUCCCCACGGCCUCCCCUCUCCCACGGCCUCCCCUCUCCCCACGGCCUCCCCUCUCCCCACGGCCUCCCCUCUCCCCACGGCCUCCCCUCUCCCCACGGCCUCCCCUCUCCCCACGGCCUCCCCUCUCCCCACGGCCUCCCCUCUCCCCACGGCCUCCCCUCUCCCCACGGCCUCCCCUCUCCCCACGGCCUCCCCUCUCCCCACGGCCUCCCCUCUCCCCACGGCCUCCCCUCUCCCCACGGCCUCCCCUCUCCCACGGCCUCCCCUCUCCCCACGGCCUCCCCUCUCCCCACGGCCUCCCCUCUCCCCACGGCCUCCCCUCUCCCCACGGCCUCCCCUCUCCCCACGGCCUCCCCUCUCCCCACGGCCUCCCCUCUCCCCACGGCCUCCCCUCUCCCCACGGCCUCCCCUCAUCCCCACGGCCUCCCCUCUCCCCACGGCCUCCCCUCUCCCCCGCUCCUCUCCCACGGCCUCCCCUCUCCCCACGGCCUCCCCUCUCCCCACGGCCUCCCCUCUCCCCACGGCCUCCCCUCUCCCCACGGCCUCCCCUCUCCCCACGGCCUCCCCUCUCCCCACGGCCUCCCCUCUCCCCACGGCCUCCCCUCUCCCCACGGCCUCGCCUCUCCCCACGGCCUCCCCUCUCCCCACGGCCUCCCUCUCCCCACGGCCUCCCCUCUCCCCACGGCCUCCCCUCUCCCCACGGCCUCCCCUCUCCCACGGCCUCCCCUCUCCCCACGGCCUCCCCUCUCCCCACGGCCUCCCCUCUCCCCACGGCCUCACCCUCUCCCCACGGCCUCCCCUCUCCCCACGGCCUCCCCUCUCCCCACGGCCUCCCCUCUCCCCACGGCCUCCCCUCUCCCCACGGCCUCCCCUCUCCCCACGGCCUCCCCUCUCCCCACGGCCUCCCCUCUCCCCACGGCCUCCCCUCUCCCCACGGCCUCCCCUCUCCCCACGGCCUCCCCUCUCCCCACGGCCUCCCCUCUCCCCACGGCCUCCCCUCUCCCCACGGCCUCCCCUCUCCCCACGGCCUCCCCUCUCCCCACGGCCUCCCCUCUCCCCACGGCCUCCCCUCUCCCCACGGCCUCCCCUCUCCCCACGGCCUCCCCUCUCCCCACGGCCUCCCUCUCCCACGGCCUCCCCUCUCCCCACGGCCUCCCCUCUCCCCACUGCCUCCCCUCUCCCCACGGCCUCCCCUCUCCCCACGGCCUCCCCUCUCCCACGGCCUCCCCUCUCCCCACGGCCUCCCCUCUCCCCACGGCCUCCCCUCUCCCCACGGCCUCCCCUCUCCCCACGGCCUCCCCUCUCCCCACGGCCUCCCCUCUCCCCACGGCCUCCCCUCUCCCCACGGCCUCCCCUCUCCCCACGGCCUCCCCUCUCCCCACGGCCUCCCCUCUCCCCACGGCCUCCCCUCUCCCCACGGCCUCCCCUCUCCCCACGGCCUCCCCUCUCCCCACGGCCUCCCCUCUCCCCACGGCCUCCCCUCUCCCCACGGCCUCCCCUCUCCCCACGGCCUCCCCUCUCCCCACGGCCUCCCCUCUCCCAACGGCCUCCCCUCUCCCCACGGCCUCCCCUCUCCCCACGGCCUCCCCUCUCCCCACGGCCUCCCCCUCUCCCCACGGCCUCCCUCUCCCCACGGCCUCCCUCUCCCCACGGCCUCCCCUCUCCCCACGGCUCCCUCUCCCACGCCUCCCUCUCCCCACGGCCUCCCUCUUCCCCACGGCCUCCCCUCUCCCCACGGCCUCCCCUCUCCCCACGGCCUCCCCUCUCCCCACGGCCUCCCCUCUCCCCACGGCCUCCCCUCUCCCCACGGCCUCCCCUCUCCCCACGGCCUCCCCUCUCCCCACGGCCUCCCCUCUCCCACGGCCUCCCCUCUCCCCACGGCCUCCCCUCUCCCCACGGCCUCCCCUCUCCCCACGGCCUCCCCUCUCCCCACGGCCUCCCCUCUCCCCACGGCCUCCCCUCUCCCCACGGCCUCCCCUCUCCCCACGCCUCCCCUCUCCCCACGGCCUCCCCUCUCCCCACGGCCUCCCCUCUCCCCACGGCCUCCCCUCUCCCCACGGCCUCCCCUCUCCCCACGGCCUCCCCUCUCCCCACGGCCUCCCCUCUCCCCACGGCCUCCCCUCUCCCCACGGCCCGCCCCCUCCCCCCCCCCCUCCCUCUCCCCACGGCCUCCCCUCUCCCCAACGGCCUCCCAUCUCCCCCACGGCCUCCCCUCUCCCCACGGCCUCCCCCUCCUCCCCACGGCCCUCCCCUCAUCCCCACGGCCUCCCCUCCUCCCCACGGCCUCCCCUCUCCCCACGGCCUCCCCUCUCCCCACGGCCUCCCCUCUCCCCACGGCCUCCCCUCUCCCACGCGGCCUCCUCCUCUCCCCACGGCCUCCCCGCCUCCCCACGGCCUCCCCUCUCCCCACGGCCUCCCCUCUCCCCACGGCCUCCCCUCUCCCCACGGCCUCCCCUCUCCCACGGCCUCCCCUCUCCCCACGGCCUCCCCCUCUCCCCCCGGCCUCCCCUCAGUCCCCACGGCCUCCCCUCUCCCCACGGCCUCCCCUCUCCCCACGGCCUCCCCUCUCCCCACGGCCUCCCCUCUCCCCACGGCCUCCCCUCUCCCCACGGCCAUCCCCUCUCCCCACGGCCUCCCCUCUCCCCACGGCCUCCCCUCUCCCCACGGCCUCCCCUCUCCCCACGGCCUCCCCUCUCCCCACGGCCUCCCCUCCCCUCUCCCACGGCCUCCCCUCUCCCCACGGCCUCCCCUCUCCCCACGGCCUCCCCUCUCCCCACGGCCUCCCCUCUCCCCACGGCCUCCCCUCUCCCCACGGCCUCCCCUCUCCCCACGGCCCCACGGCCCUCCCCUCUCCCACGGCCUCCCCUCUCCCCACGGCCUCCCCUCUCCCCACGGCCUCCCCUCUCCCCACGGCCUCCCCUCUCCCCACGGCCUCCCCUCUCCCCACGGCCUCCCCUCUCCCCACGGCCUCCCCUCUCCCCACGGCCUCCCCUCUCCCCACGGCCUCCCCUCUCCCCACGGCCUCCCCUCUCCCCACGGCCUCCCCUCUCCCCACGGCCUCCCCUCUCCCCACGGCCUCCCCUCUCCCCACGGCCUCCCCUCUCCCCACGGCCUCCCCUCUCCCCACGGCCUCCCCUCUCCCCACGGCCUCCCCUCUCCCCACGGCCUCCCCUCUCCCACGGCCUCCCCUCUCCCCACGGCCUCCCUCUCCCACGGCCUCCCCUCUCCCCACGGCCUCCCCUCUCCCCACGGCCUCCCCUCUCCCCACGGCCUCCCCUCUCCCCACGGCCUCCCCUCUCCCCACGGCCUCCCCUCUCCCCACGGCCUCCCCUCUCCCCACGGCCUCCCCUCUCCCCACGGCCUCCCCUCUCCCCACGGCCUCCCCUCUCCCCACGGCCUCCCCUCUCCCCACGGCCUCCCCUCUCCCCACGGCCUCCCCUCUCCCCACGGCCUCCCCUCUCCCCACGGCCUCCCCUCUCCCCACGGCCUCCCCUCUCCCACGGCCUCCCCUCUCCCACGGCCUCCCCCUCUCCCCACGGCCUCCCCUCUCCCCACGGCCUCCCCUCUCCCCACGGCCUCCCCUCUCCCCACUGCCUCCCCUCUCCCCACGGCCUCCCCUCUCCCCACGGCCUCCCCUCUCCCCACGGCCUCCCCUCUCCCACGGCCUCCCCUCCCACGGCCUCCCUCUCCCCACGGCCUCCCUCUCCCCACGCCUCCCCUCUCCCCACGGGCCUCCCCUCUCCCCACGGCCUCCCCUCUCCCCACGGCCUCCCCUCUCCCCACGGCCUCCCCUCUCCCACGGCCUCCCCUCUCCCCACGGCCUCCCCUCUCCCCACGGCCUCCCCUCUCCCCACGGCCUCCCCUCUCCCCACGGCCUCCCCUCUCCCCACGGCCUCCCCUCUCCCCACGGCUCCCCUCUCCCCACGGCCCUCCCCUCUCCCCACGGCCUCCCCUCUCCCCACGGCCUCCCCUCUCCCCACGGCCUCCCUCUCCCACGGCCUCCCCUCUCACCCACGGCCUCCCCUCUCCCCACGGCCUCCCCUCUCCGCCACGGCCUCCCCUCUCCCCACGGCCUCCCCUCUCCCCACGGCCUCCCCUCUCCCCACGGCCUACCCCUCUCCCCACGGCCUCCCCUCUUCCCCACGCCCUCCCCUCUCCCACGGCCUCCCCUCUCCCCACGGCCUCCCCUCUCCCCACGGGCCUCCCUCUCCCCACGGCCUCCCCUCUCCCCACGGCCUCCCCUCUCCCCACGGCCUCCCCUCUCCCCACGGCCUCCCUCUCCCCACGGCCUCCCCUCUCCCCACGGCCUCCCCUCUCCUCCCACGGCCUCCCCUCUCCCACGGCCUCCCCUCUCCCCACGGCCUCCCCUCUCCCCACGGCCUCCCCUCUCCCCACGGCCUCCCCUCUCCCCACGGCCUCCCCUCUCCCCACGGCCUCCCCUCUCCCCACGGCCUCCCCUCUCCCCACGGCCUCCCCUCUCCCCACGGCCUCCCCUCUCCCCACGGCCUCCCCUCAGUCCCCACGGCCUCCCCUCUCCCCACGGCCUCCCCUCUCCCACGGCCGCCCCUCUCCGCGGCGUCCCACGGCCUCUCCCUCUCCACGGCCUCCCUCUCCCCACGGCCUCCCCUCUCCCACGGCCUCCCCUCUCCCCACGGCCUCCCCUCUCCCCACGCCUCCCCUCUCCCCACGGCCUCCCCUCUCCCCACGGCCUCCCUCUCCCACGGCCUCCCUCUCCCCACGGACUCCCCUCUCCCCACGGCCUCCCCUCUCCCCACGGCCCUCCCCUCUCCCCACGGCCUCCCCUCUCCCCACGGCCUCCCCUCUCCCCACGGCUCCCCUCUCCCCACGGCCUCCCCCUCUCCCACGGCCUCCCCUCUCCCCACGGCCUCCCCUCUCCCACGGCCUCCCUCUCCCCACGGCUCCCCUCUCCCACGCCUCCCCUCUCCCCACGGCCUCCCCUCUCCCCACGGCCUCCCCUCUCCCCACGGCACUCGCCCUCUCCCCACGGCCUCCCCUCUCCCCACGGCCUCCCCUCUCCCCACAGGCCUCCCCUCUCCCCACGGCCUCGCCCCUCUCCCCCACGGCCUCCCCUCUCCCCACGGCCUCCUCCACCCCCUCUCCCCACGGCCUCCCCUCUCCCCACGGCCUCCCCUCUCCCCACGGCCUCCCCUCUCCCCACGGCCUCCCCUCUCCCCACGGCCUCCCCUCUCCCCACGGCCUCCCCUCGUCCCACGGCCUCCCCUCUCCCCACGGCCUCCCCUCUCCCCACGGCCUCCCCUCUCCCCACAGGCCUCCCCUCUCCCCACGGCCUCCCCUCUCCCCACGGCCUCCCCUCUCCCCACGGCCUCCCCUCUCCCCACGGCCUCCCCUCUCCCCACGGCCUCCCCUCUCCCCACGGCCUCCCCUCUCCCCACGGCCUCCCCUCUCCCCACGGCCUCCCCUCUCCCCACGGCCUCCCCUCUCCCCACGGCCUCCCUCUCCCACGGCCUCCCCUCUCCCCACGGCCUCCCCUCUCCCCACGGCCUCCCCUCUCCCCACGGCCUCCCCUCUCCCCACGGCCUCCCCUCUCCCCACGGCCUCCCCUCUCCCCACGGCCUUCCCCUCUCCCCACGGCCUCCCCUCUCCCCACGGCCUCCCCUCUCCCCACGGCCUCCCCCUCUCCCCACGCCUCCCCUCUCCCCACGGCCUCCCCUCUCCCCACGGCCCUCCCCUCUCCCCACGGCCUCCCCUCUCCCCACGGCCUCCCUCUCCCCACGGCCUCCCUCUCCCACGGCCUCCCCUCUCCCCACGGCCUCCCCUCUCCCCACGGCCUCCCCUCUCCCCACGGCCUCCCCUCUCCCCACGGCCUCCCCUCUCCCCACGGCCUCCCCUCUCCCCACGGCCUCCCCUCGUCCCCACGGCCUCCCCUCUCCCCACGGCCUCCCCUCUCCCCCACGGCCUCCCCUCUCCCCACGGCCUCCCCUCUCCCCACGGCCUCCCUCUCCCCACGGCCUCCCCUCUCCCCACGGCCUCCCCUCUCCCCACGGCCUCCCCUCUCCCCACGGCCUCCCCUCUCCCCACGGGCCUCCCUCUCCCCACGGCCUCCCCUCUCCCCACGGCCUCCCCCUCUCCCCACGGCCUCCCCCUCUCCCCACGGCCUCCCCCUCUCCCCACGGCCUCCCCUCUCCCCACGGCCUCCCCUCUCCCCACCGGCCUCCCCCUCUCUCCCCACGGCCUCCCCUCUCCCCACGGCCUCCCCUCUCCCCACGGCCUCCCCUCUCUCCCCACGGCCUCCCCUCUCCCCACGGCCUCCCCUCUCCCCACGGCCUCCCCUCUCCCACGGCCUCCCCUCUCCCCACGGCCUCCCCUCUCCCCACUGCCUCCCUCUCCCCACGGCCUCCCUCUCCCCACGGCCUCCCCUCUCCCCACGGCCUCCCUCUCCCCACGGCCUCCCCUCUCCCACGGCCUCCCCUCUCCCCACGGCCUCCCCUCUCCCCACGGCCUCCCCUCUCCCCACGGCCUCCCCUCUCCCACGGCCUCCCCUCUCCCCACGGCCUCCCCUCUCCCCACGGCCUCCCCUCUCCCCACGGCCUCCCCUCUCCCCACGGCCUCCCCUCUCCCCACGGCCUCCCCUCUCCCCACGGCCUCCCCUCUCCCCACGGCCUCCCCUCUCCCCACGGCCUCCCCUCUCCCCACGGCCUCCCCUCUCCCACGGCCUCCCCUCUCCCACGGCCUCCCCUCUCCCCACGGCCUCCCCUCUCCCCACGGCCUCCCCUCUCCCCACGGCCUCCCCUCUCCCCACGGCCUCCCCUCUCCCCACGGCCUCCCCUCUCCCCACGGCCUCCCCUCUCCCCACGGCCUCCCCUCUCCCCACGGCCUCCCCUCUCCCCACGGCCUCCCCUCUCCCCACGGCCUCCCCUCUCCCCACGGCCUCCCUCUCCCCACGGCCUCCCCUCUCCCCACGGCCUCCCCUCUCCCCACGGCCUCCCCUCUCCCCACGGCCUCCCCAUCUCCCCACGGCCUCCCCUCUCCCCACGGCCCUCCCUCUCCCCACGGCCUCCCCUCUCCCCACGGCCUCCCCUCUCCCCACGGCCUCCCCUCUCCCCACGGCCUCCCCUCUCCCCACGGCCUCCCCUCUCCCCCACGGCCUCCACCUCCUCCCCACGGCCUCCCCUCUCCCCACGGCCUCCCCUCUUCCCCACGGCCUCCCCUCUCCCCACGGCCUCCCCUCUCCCCACGGCCUCCCCUCUCCCCACAGCCUCCCCUCUCCCCACGGCCUCCCCUCUCCCCACGGCCUCCCCUCUCCCCACGGCCUCCCCUCUCCCACGGCCUCCCCUCUCCCCUCUCCCCACGGCCUCCCCUCUCCCCACGGCCUCCCCUCUCCCCACGGCCUCCCCUCUCCCCACGGCCUCCCCUCUCCCCACGGCCUCCCUCUCCCACGGCCUCCCCUCUCCCCACGGCCUCCCCUCCUCCCCACGGCCUCCCCUCUCCCCACGGCCUCCCCUCUCCCACGGCCUCCCCUCUCCCCACGGCCUCCCCUCUCCCCACGGCCUCCCCUCUCCCCACGGCCUCCCUCUCCCCACGGCCUCCCCUCUCCCCACGGCCUCCCCUCUCCCCACGGCCUCCCCUCUCCCCACGCCUCCCCUCUCCCCACGGCCUCCCCUCUCCCCACGGCCUCCCCUCUCCCCACGGCCUCCCCUCUCCCCACGGCCUCCCCUCUCCCCCACGGCCUCCCCUCUCCCCACGGCCUCCCCUCUCCCCACGGCCUCCCCUCUCCCACGGCCUCCCCUCUCCCACGGCCUCCCCUCUCCCCACGGCCUCCCCUCUCCCCACGGCCUCCCUCUCCCCACGGCCUCCCCUCUCCCCACGGCCUCCCCUCUCCCCACGGCCUCCCCUCUCCCCACGGCCUCCCCUCUACCACGGCCUCCCCUCUCCCCACGGCCUCCCCUCUCCCCACGGGCCUCCCCUCUCCCCACGGCCUCCCCUCUCCCCACGGCCUCCCCUCAUCCCCACGGCCUCCCCUCUCCCCACGGCCUCCCCUCUCCCCACGGCCUCCCCUCUCCCACGGCCCUCCCCUCUCCCCACGGCCUCCCCUCUCCCCACGGCCUCCCCUCUCCCCACGGCCUCCCCUCUCCCCACGGCCUCCCCUCUCCCCACGGCCUCCCCUCUCCCACGGCCUCCCCUCUCCCCACGGCCUCCCUCUCCCCACGGCCUCCCCUCUCCCCACGGCCUCCCCUCUCCCACGGCCUCCCUCUCCCACGGCCUCCCCCUCUCCCCACGGCCUCCCCUCUCCCCACGGCCUCCCCUCUCCCACGGCCUCCCCUCUCCCCACGGCCUCCCCUCUCUCUCCCCACGGCCUCCCCCUCUCCCCACGGCCUCCCCUCUCCCCACGGCCUCCCCUCUCCCCACGGCCUCCCCUCUCCCCACGGCCUCCCCUCUCCCCACGGCCUCCCCUCUCCCCACGGCCUCCCCUCUCCCCACGGCCUCCCCUCUCCCACGGCCUCCCCUCUCCCACGGCCUCCCCUCUCCCCACGGCCUCCCCUCUCCCCACGGCCCUCCCCUCUCCCCACGGCCUCCCCUCUCCCCACGGCCUCCCCUCUCCCCACGGCCUCCCCUCUCCCCACGGCCUCCCCUCUUCCCCACGGCCUCCCAUCUCCCCACGGCCUCCCCUCUCCCCACGGCCUCCCCUCUCCCCACGGCCUCCCCUCUCCCCACGGCCUCCCCUCUCCCCACGCGCCUCCCCUCUCCCCACGGCCUCCCCUCUCCCCACGGCCUCCCCUCUCCCCACGGCCUCCCCUCUCCCCACGGGCCUCCCCUCUCCCCACGCCUCCCCUCUCCCCACGGCCUCCCUCCUCCCCACGGCCUCCCCUCUCCCCACGGCCUCCCCCUCUCCCCACGGCCUCCCUCUCCCCACUGCCGUCCCCUCUCCCCACGGCCUCACCCUCUCCCCACGGCCUCCCCUCUCCCCACGGCUCCCCUCUCCCCACGGCCCUCCCCCUCUCCCCACGGCCUCCCCUCUCCCACGGCCUCCCCUCUCCCCACGGCCUCCCCUCUCCCCACGGCCUCCCUCUCCCCACGCCUCCCCUCUCCCACGGCCUCCCCUCUCCCACGGCCUCCCCUCUCCCCACGGCCUCCCCUCUCCCACGGCCUCCCCUCUCCCCACGGCCUCCCCUCUCCCCACGGCCUCCCCUCUCCCCACGGCCUCCCCUCUCCCCACGGCCUCCCCUCUCCCCACGGCCUCCCCUCUCCCCCGGCCUCCCUCUCCCCAACGGCCUCCCCUCUCCCCACGGCCUCCCCUCUCCCCACGGCCUCCCUCUCCCCACGGCCUCCCCUCUCCCCCACGGCCUCCCCUCUCCCCACGGCCUCCCCUCUCCCCACGGCCUCCCCUCUCCCCACGCCUCCCCUCUCCCCACGGCCUCCCCUCUCCCAACGGCCUCCCCUCUCCCCACGGCCUCCCCCUCUCCCCACGGCCUCCCCUCUCCCCACGGCCUCCCCUCUCCCCACGGCCUCACCCUCUCCCCACGGCCUCCCCUCUCCCCACGGCCUCCCCUCUCCCCACGGCCUCCCCUCUCCCCACGGCCUCCCCUCUUCCCCACGGCCUCCCCUCUCCCCACGGCCUCCCCUCCCCCACGGCCUCCCCUCUCCCCACGGCCUCCCCUCUCCCCACGGCCUCCCUCUCCCCACGGCCUCCCCUCUCCCCACGGCCUCCCCUCUCCCCACGGCCUCCCCUCUCCCCACGGCCUCCCCUCUCCCCACGGCCUCCCCUCUCCCCACGGCCUCCCCCUCUCCCCACGGCCUCCCCUCUCCCCCACGGCCUCCCCUCUCCCCACGGCCUCCCCUCUCCCCACGGCCUCCCCUCUCCCCACGGCCUCCCCUCUCCCCACGGCCUCCCCUCUCCCCACGGCCUCCCCUCUCCCCACGGCCUCCCCUCUCCCCACGGCCUCCCCUCUCCCCACGGCCUCCCCCUCUCCCCACGGCCUCCCCUCUCCCCACGGCCUCCCCUCUCCCCACGGCCUCCCCUCUCCCCACGGCCCCUCCCUCUCCCCACGGCCUCCCCUCUCCCCACGGCCUCCCCUCUCCCCACGGCCUCCCUCUCCCCACGGCCUCCCCUCUCCCCACGGCCUCCCCUCUCCCCACGGCCUCCCCUCUCCCCACGGCCUCCCCUCUCCCCACGGCCUCCCCUCUCCCCACGGCCUCCCCUCUCCCCACUCCACGGCCUCCCCUCUCCCCACGGCCUCCCCUCUCCCCACGGCCUCCCCUCUCCCCACGGCCUCCCCCUCCCCACGGCCUCCCCUCUCCCCCACGGCCUCCCCUCUCCCCACGGCCUCCCCUCUCCCCACGGCCUCCCCUCUCCCCCACGGCCUCCCCUCUCCCCACGCCUCCCCUCUCCCCACGGCCUCCCCUCUCCCCACGGCCUCCCCUCUCCCCACGGCCUCCCCUCUCCCCACGGCCUCCCCUCUCCCCACGGCCUCCCCUCUCCCCACGGCCUCCCCUCUCCCCACGGCCUCCCCUCUCCCCACGGCCUCCCCUCUCCCCACGGCCUCCCCUCUCCCCACGGCCUCCCCUCUCCCCACGGCCUCCCCUUCUCCCCACGCGGCCUCCCCUCUCCCCACGGCCUCCCCUCUCCCCACGGCCUCCCCUCUCCCCACGGCCUCCCCUCUCCCCACGGCCUCCCCUCUCCCCCCGGCCUCCCCUCUCCCCACGGCCUCCCCUCUCCCCACGGCCUCCCCUCUCCCCACGGCCUCCCUCUCCCCACGGCCUCCCCUCUCCCCACGGCCUCCCCUCUCCCCACGGCCUCCCCUCUCCCCACGGCCUCCCCUCUCCCCACGGCCUCCCCUCUCUCCCACGGCCUCCCCUCUCCCCACGGCCUCCCCUCUCCCCACGGCCUCCCCUCUCCCCACGGCCUCCCCUCUCCCCACGGCCUCCCCUCUCCCCACGGCCUCCCCUCUCCCCACGGCCUCCCCUCUCCCCACGGCCUCCCCUCUCCCCACGGCCUCCCCUCUCCCCACGGCCUCCCCUCUCCCCACGGCCUCCCCUCUCCCCACGGCCUCCCCUCUCCCUCCCCCACGGCCUCCCCUCUCCCCACGGCCUCCCCUCUCCCCACGGCCUCCCCUCUCCCCACGGCCUCCCCUCUCCCCACGGCCCUCCCCUCUCCCCACGGCCUCCCCUCUCCCCACGGCCUCCCCUCUCCCCACGGCCUCCCCUCUCCCCACGGCCUCCCCUCUCCCCCACGGCCUCCCCUCUCCCCACGGCCUCCCCUCUCCCCACGGCCUCCCCUCUCCCCACGGCCUCCCCUCUCCCCACGGCCUCCCCUCUCCCCACGGCCUCCCCUCUCCCCACGGCCUCCCCUCUCCCCACGGCCUCCCCUCUCCCCACGGCCUCCCCUCUCCCCACGGCCUCCCCUCUCCCCACGGCCUCCCUCUCCCCCACGGCCUCCCUCUCCCCACGCCUCCCCUCUCCCCACGGCCUCCCUCUCCCCACGGCCUCCCCUCUCCCCACGGCCUCCCCUCUCCCACGGCCUCCCCUCUCCCCACGGCCUCCCCUCUCCCCACGGCCUCCCCUCUCCCCACGGCCUCCCCUCUCCCCACGGCCUCCCCUCUCCCCACGGCCUCCCCUCUCCCCACGGCCUCCCCCUCUCCCCCCCCCUCUCCCCACGGCCUCCCUCUCCCCACGGCCUCCCCUCUCCCCACGGCCUCCCCUCUCCCCACGGCCUCCCCUCUCCCCACGGCCUCCCCUCUCCCCACGGCCUCCCCUCUCCCCACGGCCUCCCCUCUCCCCACGGCCUCCCCUCUCCCCACGGCCUCCCCUCUCCCCACGGCCUCCCCUCUCCCCACGGCCUCCCCUCUCCCCACGGCCUCCCCUCUCCCCACGGCCUCCCCUCGGUCCUCCCCUCUCCCACGUCUCCCACGUCCCCCUCUCCCCACGGCCUCCCCUCUCCCCACGGCCUCCCCUCUCUCGAUUACAGCCUGCUCAGCCACAUGCGCCAAGUCAGCUGCAUCGGCAGCAGCCUUCGCCGCCCGCCGUAUAUGCGCACCAAUUGCAGCAGCCCACGGCACGCCGCCAGCUGGCAAAACCGCUUCGCGUUGUUCACAACCAUGCGCAGGUUCGUCAGCUGGUGCGGGGACAGUCGGGUGGCGUGCACUGACGUGGCAACGUGCGAUGGCAUGGCAGCGUGCAAUGACGUGGCAUGUGGUGACGUGGCGGCAGGAGAAUGAGCCGUCACAGAUGUUGCUUGCACCAUGUGGUGCAUGA